AUGCUAAGGAAGGCACGAUUUCCCCUUGCCCCUCAUGCAGUCAAUCAACCACCAUCACCACCAUCAUCACCACCACCCAAGUGGUAUGUCAAUUCCAUAUCAAGAGAGAAGCUUGCUGAGUUCAAUCAGUUUGUCCAAACUCUUCCAGCCAGCAUGUCUUUCCAAACAGCUUGGCGCCACUACCCAUUCACCACCUUCUUCCACAACUGCAAGGAGACACCUGAGGACAUAAAGAGCUUUUUGAGAAAGCUAAAGUUCAGCCAACCUUCAAGACCCUCUACAAGAUUGAAGACCCAGGUCAAUUCUCUAUUCCCUGUCAAGUAA